UAAAGGUGCUUCAUGAGGGGUUUGCAGAGCCCCAUCUUUGCAGUUUUGCUGUUAAUGACAUAAAAGCUGGUGAAGAAAUCAGAUACAACUAUGGAAAGAACGUUGACUUUUCUUGGCGAAAAAAGGUAGUUAAAAUUUAUUCUUCAUAACCAAAUUAGGCUCCAAAAAGUCACAUAUAUUUAAAUGAAGUCAAACACAUUUUUAAGUAUGCUCAUUUAUUUAGAUUUCUCAUCUUAGCUUCAUGAAUGUAAAAGGAAACUUUUAGCAUAAUCAUAAAUGUCUCAAACCAGGAUGUUUUAAACAGAAUCUUGUAGCAGAUAAGAAUUCAGAGAAACAUAAUUUACACAGUAGAUGCAAGAAUACAUGAUAUAUUUAGGUUUUACUCAAUAGUGUUUGAAUAUUUUUUAGAGAUUUUUAAGAUCAGGUAAAGGUAAAGACUUGUAUUUUGUUGUUGAAAUUUUGGUUUAGUUCGUUAUAGCUUCGCAAAAAUGCAAAAUGUCUGAAAGCUUGAACUUUGGAAAAGACAAGUGAGAUAUUUUUUAAACAUGUAGUUUUGCAUCUUGUUAGAUAUACUCUUUUCUUGUCCAGUUCCAUUGCAGAUACAGUUAUCUAAAAAAAGCAUUAAGUAAUAAAGAAAUCCUUGAUAUUUUAUAGUUAAGGCAGCCUCCUUAGACAAAGAAGAAACAAUUUUUAGAAAUACAUGUAAUUGUUUUGAAAACAAAUUCAAAAAGCAGUGACCAACACAGUUGCCAAAUGAAAUUUACUAGCUGUUUAUCUUUUAUGAUUACUUGUAAUCAUUUAUAGCAUUAUAUAUGAAAAAUUUAUCAAUUAUUAUUUUAGAUUUUUUAUUUAUACUUGAGUACUUAAUAUCGUGAAAUGGCCCCUAGACGCCUAGCCGCAAGAACGAUAAUUUAAAUGAGAUCUGAUGAAACACAGGGUGACCGAGGGGUUUUCAGCAUCAGUGAGGAAAACCAAAGGUAUAUAUUGGCAACCUGCACAGGAGAGACUGGGCUCUACACAGAGAAAGAUAGUCAUGGCUCUAGGACACCCAGUGAAACACUUGCAGAGGAUUCCAACAAAGAAAUGAGAACUGAUGAAACACAGGGUAACCAAGGAGUUUUCAGCAUCAGAGAGAAAAACCAAAGAUAUGUAUCAGCAACCUGCAUAGGAAUGUCUGGGCUCUACACAGAGAGGGAUAGUUAUGGCUCUAGGAUAACCAAUGAAACACUCAUUGAGGAUCUUGGCAAUGAAAUAAGAACUGAUGAAACAGAGGGUGACCAAGGAGUUUUCAGCAUCGGUGAGGAAAACCAAAGAGAUGUAUCAGCAACCUGCAUAGGAAUGUCUGAGCUCUACACAGAGAAAGAUAGUCAUGAUUCUAGGAUAACCAAUGAAAUGCUCCUUGAGGAUUUUGGCAAUGAAAUGAGAACUGAUGAAAUUCAGGAUGACCAAGGAGUUUUCAACAUCAGUGAGAAAAACCAAAGAUAUGUAUUAGCAACCUGCAUAGAAAAGCCUGGGCUCUACACAGAGAAAGAUAGUCAUGGCUCUAGGAUAACCAAUGAAAUGCUCAUUGAGGAUCUUGGCAAUGAAAUGAGAACUGAUGUAACACAGGGUGACCAAGGAGUUUUCAGCAUCAGUGAGGAAAAUCAAAGAUAUGUGUCAGCAACCUGCAUAGAAAAGCCUGGGAUCUACACAGAGAGGAAUAGUCAUGGCUCUAGUACAACCAAGGAAACACUCAUUGAGGAUCUUGGCAAUGAAAUGAGAACUGAUGAAACACAGGGUGACCAAGGAGUUUUCAGCUUCACGGAGGAAAACCAAAGAUAUGUGUCAGCAACCUGCAUAGGAAAGACUGGGCUCUACACAGAGAAAGAUAGUCAUGGCUCUAGUACAACCAAAGAAACACUCAUUGAGGAUCUUGGCAAUGAAAUGAGAACUGAUGAAACACAGGGUGGCCAAGGAGUUUUCAGCAUCAGUGAGGAAAACCAAAGAGAUGUAAUAGCAACCUGCAUAGAAAAGCCUGGGCUCUACACAGAGAAAGAUAGUCAUGGCUCUAGGAUAACCAAUGAAAUGCUCAUUGAGGAUCUUGGCAAUGAAAUGAGAAGUGAUGAAACACAGGGUGACCAAGGAGUUUUCAGCAUCAGAGAGGAAAAUCAAAGAUAUGUGUCAGCAACCUGCACCGGAGAGCCUGGGAUCUACACAGAGAAAGAUAGUCUAAAUUCUAAGACAACCAAUGAAAUGCUCAUUGAGGAUCUUGGCAAUGAAAUGAGAACUGAUGAAACACAGGGUGACCAAGGAGUUUUCAGCAUCAGUGAGGAAAACCAAAGAGAUGUAUCAGCAACCUGCACAGAAAAGCCUGGGCUCUACAGAGAGAAAGAUAGUCAUGGCUGUAGGAUAACCAAUGAAACGCUCAUUGAGGGUCUUGUCAAUGAAAUGAGAAGUGAUGAAACACAGGGUGACCAAGGAGUUUUCAGCAUCAGAGAGGAAAAUCAAAGAUAUGUGUCAGCAACCUGCACCGGAGAGCCUGGGAUCUACACAGAGAAAGAUAGUCUAAAUUCUAAGACAACCAAUGAAAUGCUCAUUGAGGAUCUUGGCAAUGAAAUGAGAACUGAUGAAACACAGGGUGACCAAGGAGUUUUCAGCAUCAGUGGGGAAAACCAAAGAGAUGUAUCAGCAACCUGCACAGAAAAGCCUGGGCUCUACAGAGAGAAAGAUAGUCAUGGCUGUAGGAUAACCAAUGAAACGCUCAUUGAGGGUCUUGUCAAUGAAAUGAGAACUGAUGAAACUCAGGGUGACCAAGGAGUUUUCAGCAUCAGUGAGGAAAACCAAAGAUAUGUAUCAGCAACCUGCAUAGAAAAGCCUGGGCUCUACAGAGAGAAAGAUAGUCAUGGCUCUAGGAUAACCAAUGAAACGCUCAUUGAGGAAACUCAACAUUCUAGGUCUAUUGGCUUUGUGUCAACAAGAAAAUACUGUAUAUAUGACGAAGUUAAUGCCUUUUGUUAUGCAAAAAGGAUUGAUUCUAUGCCAGUGUAUGAUGAUUAUGAAGGAGUUUUUCGAAUUUAUUUAUUCUCAUCGAAGAAAGCUUUGCAGACCAUUGAAUUUAUUGAAAGAAGAAAUUUAAAUGCAAUGUUUGUAAAUUUUGUAUAAUUUAGCCCAACAUGAAGGUAUUAAACUAAUUAGAUUGAUAAAACUAUUUUUCUGAAUAUGUUUUGGAAUUUUACUGCUAUUUCUGUCACAGUUUCUUGAUUUUUUUUACUUUUAAAUCAAUCAUCAGUGAGUGAAGAUCUUUUUUAUUGGGCUCAUGCUUUAAUUAUUAUGCUACAAUAUGGUGUGCAACAUGUAACACUUACAUGACAUACUAGAAGUUUAUCAGAAAAACAUUGACAAUGAAGACCACAGGAAUGAUGUGUUUGUCAACAAAUGAGAAAUAAACAUGAUAUUUUGAAUGCUAGGUUAAAUUGAUGAAUAUUCAAUCGAAUGCAUAUAGAACUUAAAUAAAAUGGAAUUGAGAGAAGGGUAAACUUAAACAAUUUAUUAAUUAAUACAAUAUAUUAAUUUUGUUUCAGGUAUCCAAAAAAAUUACUGUAUACAUACAGAACUUUACAAAAAGGUUUUUUUUUUUUCAUUUAUCAGAUUUGUUGAUUUUUUUUGAAUUUGUGCCUAUGCACUUUGACUUUCUAUGGAAACCAUUAUGACAUACAUGUAGCUACAAUUUUAGAAGCUGACCUGGAUUUUCAUGUACUUUACUGUACAAUGUAACAUUUUUUUGAAUGCAUAUUGGAUUUUGUGAUAUACACUAUUGAAAUAUUGAUUUUUUUAAAUUAAGUUUUCUGCUUAUACAUAUUAGUUUAAGUUUUCCUUUUAUGCACCAAGUAGUAAUAAAUGAAAUUAUCUUU